AUGAAAUUAUUAGAAAAAAUAGAUAACGCUAAAACAUAAAAAGCUAUUCUAAAACAAAGCGAAGAUGAUAUGAAACAAUAAUUACUUGAAUAUGACAUUAGAAAAGUUGAUAUCUCAAAAUAAGUUUUAUAAAUUCAAGAUUUAAAUUAAAAAAACUAUUUGUAAGGAAUCAUCAAAUAAGGAGAACUUAAAAUAGUAAUUAUUAUAACAAUAAUCAAUUAGGAAAAUGUUGAACUUCAAAUUUAAGAAAAAAGAAGAAGAUAUUAAGAAACAAUUUAAGAUGAAUAAGUUAGAUAAUUAAGAACUUAAAUUCAUUAAUAAUAAUAAACUAAACAUGUUCAAAGUGCAAAAUCUAAAUCUAGUUAUUAAAAUGGACCUAAAAAAGUUCCUAGUUUACCUGGAGUUGAUUCUCCUUACUAUUAAAUUACAGGAGGAUAAACUCAUAUUGUUUAAAGGUAUUUCUAUAUAAUAUAUAAUAGGCAUUAAAAAUAAAAAUCUCAUCUUAAAUUACCUCCUGUUUUAUAAAUGGGUUAAUUUUAAAAAUCUCCUAAAACCUAAAAUUCAAAUUUAAACAAUAGGAAUUAUAAUUUAAUAGAUAAUCCACUUAAAUAUCGAAUGGCUCAAAGAUAUACAACUAGAUUAAAUAGACCUCCAUCUUAUCGUCCUCCAAGUUCUUCUAGAAAAUCUGCCUUAGGAAAAUAUGUUAACAGAUCUUUGGAUUUAGACAGCGGUAGAGAAAGUGUCAACAAAAGUUCUGGAGAUUUGUAAAAUUCAGUUAGUCUUAGGAAACUUAAAAAACUUCAUUAAGAAUAUUAAUAAUAAAGAUUUGAGAGAGUCAUGAGUGGUAAAAAAAAUUAAAAGUCUAUGCCAUAUUUUGGCAGCAAGAUUCUUUUGCCAGGAAUGGUUCACAAAUCACCUUAUGUUAAAAACUUUCAAAAUAAUCAAGAACCAAUUGAAGUAAAAAAAGAAAGAUUAAAAAUGCUCAAUAUUAAUCUUAAAGCUUAAUAUGGCGAUAAAUUUUCGAUGCAAAAUUGA